AUGUCUAGCCAGAAACAGAUUGACCCCAAGAAGCAGCAGGAGCUUCAGCACCAAUACACCAACUUCAAGAACACCCUUCAGCAAUUAGCACAAAAGAUUGGUGAUAUUGAGCAGGAGGCAGAAGAACACAAACUUGUGAUUGAAACCCUCGACCCUCUCGCCGCAGACCGAAAAUGUUUCCGCAUGGUGAAUGGCGUUCUAGUUGAGCGUACUGUCAAAGAUGUUCUUCCUACACUCAAGACCAACUCGGAUGGGUUGAAGCAAGUAUUGGAGGAUAUGCUCAAGCAGUACAAGACAAAGCAGGGCGAGUUGGAUACCUGGAAGAAGAAGAACAACAUUCAGGUUGUGCAGCCUUAG